AUGGUUUCCAACUUUUUUAGAAUGUCACAGCUGUGGUCAUUGGUACUACUCCUAAGCUUACUGAUUCCUGCCGCAUAUUGUUUCACCACUUCAGAGAUCGAAAUAUUUCAGUUACAGAAGGAAUUAGAGAACAAAUAUGGGAAAGAAAUGGAUUUCUACAAGUUCUUAAAGUUGCCUAAAUCUAUGGAUUCAACAUCUCGUGAAAUUAUCAAAAAUUUAAGGAAGUUAUCAAGGAAGUAUCAUCCAGAUAAGAAUAAGAAAUUCAAAAAGUUAUAUGAACGUUUAAAUUUAGCAACCCAGUUUUUGGCCAAUGAUGAUAUGAGAAAAAGUUAUGAUUACUAUCUAAAGAAUGGAUUCCCCGACUACGAUUUCUCCAAAGGUGGAUUUUUUUUUACCAGAGUGCAACCUAAAACGUGGUUUAUCCUAUCCUUUGUGUUUUUGUUCACUGGGGUCAUCCACUAUUUGAUUCUUAAAGUUCAAGCUAGUUCCAACAGGAGAAGAAUUGAAGGAUUUGUGAAGCAAUGUAAGGACCAAGAUGAUACACAAGGGUUAGGCGAAAAACGAUUGUCGUUUAAACAACAUGAAGAAGAUGAAGCUAAGGAAUUGAUAGUAAAGUUUGGUCAAGUCUACAUUAUUGAAUCUGACGGUAUGUAUACGUUAGUUUCACCUGACUCCAUCACGGAACCAACUUUAUACGAUUCUAUUUUGUUUAAACUUCCUCUUUGGUUCUGGAAACAAACUCUCGGGAGGUUUAUUACAUUACCCACUAGAAAAUCUGUCGAGAAACCAAGACCAGGCGAACAAGUCUUGGGUACUGCCUCUAAACCAGAAAAGGCUUCAAAAAAUGAUGGAAAGAGAACGACUUCUACCACAAUAAAGCCUGGACAACAAAAGAAAGUUUUAGAAAACGGAAAAGUUAUUUACUCAAGAAAGAAAGACUAA